AUGCACCCAGGCCAGAUCCAGAUGGACCGAGCUUCGAAUUCCCCAGUCGAGUCGAGAGAACGUGCUGUCUCCUCCGAGCCUUGCUCAACCCGACCGAACCCCUUUGACGACGACGACGGGUCCUCGGCCCGCAAGCGACGCCGUACCUCUCUCAACGGCGCCUCGCGCAGCCGGUCCCUCGAAUCCGAGGGUUCCUCCCGCCAUACUCCUGCCGGCCCUGCAGACGACGACGUACAAGGUCUGCCAACGGACCAGGAUAUCAAGAUGACGAUGGAUUCUUCGCCCUCAAAGCCUCAAACACCCGAGCACCAGCAGCACCAGCAGCACCACGCACAACCUCUGUCCGAGUCAAAGCCAACCAAAAUCACUCUAAACUUGAAGAGUAGAAAGCAUGCGCCGCAAUCAACACCCUCGUCACCUACAUCCCCCAAGGAUGCCGACGGUGAGCUCGACACAAGUCACGAGAGUGGCAUUCGGGCAAGUGUGGAGGACCCAGAGCUGGAUGUCUCAAAUGCCGUGCCAGACUUCAGGAGCGCCGCGUCUUCGCCUCUGGCUGUCGACGAUCACGACGAACCCCUUAUAGAAAGCGUGGACGAGAACGAGAUAUCCCAGUUCGCGGACCUCCAGGACAUCGAGCUCCAUCUUGCGGAUCCCGUCCAUGGCUUCCCGACCCGUCCGGACGAAUCCCUGCCAGAUGCCCUGCAGAACAUAUGCGGCGCGCUGUCGACCUAUCGAGAGGCGGCCCCGAAGCUCACCAUGUGGAUCGAAGAGUACCUGGCUUGGGCACGGGAUUGCGGGGUCUACAUACUGCUACAGAACUAUGAGGAGCAUCGUGAAUUCUGGAAAGAACUUCCGCGACUAAUAUGGGAGAAUACCACCCUUGGACGAGGUGCCCCUAUGCGAAGUCCUCAGCUCUCUCGCCUGAUUUUUGAUUUGCAUAAGGCCUUCACGAAGUUAACAGCUUUCUUCACCGACCUCGAUCACCUGAUGCUUCGUACCGUCGAAGCUGGAGAGAACAUUUACCAAGAACUGACCUCGCCGAUCUACAUAAUAUACCUCAACCAGUACUUGAUGGAGUAUGGCGGUCAGGCGGGCAACAUGAACUAUAUUGAUGCUGAUCCGCUCUUGCCCGAAUUCAUGGGCGGACUGAUCGAUACCUUCCGUUCAUUUCCCGCCUACAGCUCAGACACACCGAACCACUCGCCUUUUCACCUGGGCCAGCUCAUGGCUUCACUUGUGCCCCGGUUUCCGAGAUUGAUCGAUCAUUUGCACGUCGUUGGCCAGUUGGCUACUUUUAUUAUUCGCGACGCAACCGAGCGGCUACAUCUAACCCAGCCCGCCCGAGAGGCUGAAGAAGCAAUGGCUUUCCUGGAGCAAGGAUACCAUCUCACUGAGACCAUGUCACGCGCUCUUGAAGCCUGCAUCGAGAAGAACGUCAACCAGAUACAAGCGGACGUUGCUGAGACUUCGAUGUUCGUCCUCACCAAUCUCCUGCGUCUCUGCUUGCGUGCGGAAACCGGACAUGCAGCGGCCGCAAUACGGGAGCACCAGCAGAAUCAUCCGGACAUUCCUCGAGUUUUCUCCCACGAUGUCAUGGUUGACGAGUGGCGCCUCAAGACCCUCACAAAGUUCAUCAUGUCGAGCCAAAUGCAACUGAGGCUUCUAGCCGCGCAGACGAUGUGCUCUGACCUGGUGCGCAUCUUCAAGGACCACUCGGGGCACGGUAUCGAACACUCUCAACAGCCGCUGUUGCGUCACAUCUCGAACACUUUGUUGCAAUCAGGUGUCGUCACAUACAUCCUGGGCCCCACGUGCCACCCAGAGGUGACGACGGCCAGCGGUAACAUUAUUGGCUUCCUCUUUGCGUCGCAUACUUUUACCGAGCAACACCUGGACUUCAUGUGGCAAACGAUGACCACGUGCCAAAUCUCCGGGGUCUCGGAGAGCCUGUCUGCGAUGUUUAUCCAUAUCGUCCAUCUUUUUACCCCAGCCGAUCUGCUCGCUUUCUGUCGCAAAAUGCAGACCGUUCCGAUCGAGGCCUUCAGCCCAACAAUCAAAGAUCUCUGUGUCACCGUCAUCAACCAGCUCUGCCAAAAGCACGAUGCUGUGCAGGAGCUCCUGCCUUACUCCUUGAUGUUUCGGUUGCUGAGGGAGUCUUCUGCACUGGGGACGCCAUUCCACCAAGGGAUGCACAGGUGGGCUGCACAGACUAUUUCUCAGCUCCUGAAAUUCGGGCCGUCGUAUGAGGAUAGAGCGUUGCUAUACCAGGAGUGCCUAAGAGACAUCGCUCAAAAAACGCCCUGCACCCUAGGCAGCAUACACUGUCUUGCCUUCUUGUGUCGACCGAUCGGGAGGGAGCUGCAAGUGCUCACAUCACAACACGACUUGCCAAGACUCCUCAUUGACGAGUUCGAGCAUGCAGUCACUACCAGACAACAUUCCGGGAAACAGCAUGUGAUCAAUGGCCUAGAAAAUAAGCCUCGCCUGGAAAUGCUCUCCAACAUCAUUCAGCAGCAGCCAGAGGCGAUCAAGGGAGAUCUUGGACAAAAGCUAUGGGAAUUGUUGGUCGGAAAGCAUGCAGCAUCCCAAGAAGAUCGGAUCUGUGGCUGGCAGAGUCUCAACAUUGCAUUGAACACUCGUGCCGACAACCCGUUCCUGGAGAUCUGCUUCGACGUUUAUCUACCCACACUGGCGCCGGAACUGUUCUGCGAAGGUAGCCUGGACUUCGCUCUCAAGAAGAUCGCUCGCCUAGUGGACGAUAAGGACAGUAGUGUUCUCGAUGACGAUGAUUCGCGCGACCGCCAGGCUAUCGAAGAGCUGUGGAGGAUUGUCCUCACUGCUCCCACCAACACUGUUGAGCAGCCGGCGAUAAGGGCGCUUGUCAAGGGGGUUUACAUCGACAGCCGCUGUAUCCAGAAAUUCUCAAGCCACCGAGCACGGAAAGUCCACCUUGCUCUUGUCAACCGGUGCUUGGAGCAACUGUCCCUCGCGGCAAGGCGCCUGAUGGUUAGUGAAGACGAGGUAGACCCCGAUGCGAUGGAUACCACGUCUAGUGGGUAUGAGACUCGAGACCAACGGCUUCUCUUCAGCCGUUCUCUCCAGAUCCUCCGAAUCUUCAACGAGCAUUACCACGCAACUUCGCAGUUCUCCACUCCUGACAUGAGAUCGCUGGUGUUGCCCAAGAACAUUGACGUUCAAGGCGAAUCGGCUGAUCUCAAGUUUCAGUCAUUUGACGGUGAUAGACAGACUGAGGUGAAGCCCCUGCCUAUAGGCAAAGGGAAUACAGCCGGGUCUUUGCUGGCCAGCAUCCGCGACGCCACGGGUUUUGAUAACUAUCGCCUGUACUACAAGGGUCAAGCCCUCACACCGUCUGAACAAGACAUCUGCAGAUCUUUGGAUGAGCUUCAAAUUUGCGAAGGACUCAUUCUCGUCAAACGCGAGUCAGAGACUGUUGAACAACCUCUCCAGGUGAGGCCCGGCGCUUCUGCCGUGGAGAUAGAGAUCCUGAGGCAUUUCGAGGAGCUAUGGCACUUUCUGGGAUUGGAGGAGACACUGGCAACUGAGGUGUUCGCUUUUCUCAAUACUCUGCCCGUGGACGACCGCAUACUGGCAACCAUUGAACAAGAAACCCCUAAUUACCACCAAGUGUUCCCAGUCGCCUAUCCGCUGAAGUCUCUGUACGCGGUGUACGCCAUCCAAGAGUACCUCAACAUACAGUUCUCCCUGGCCAAGUCGAACAAUGAGCACGGAUCUUACAACAACGCGCUGGCAAGAGCCCUCAGUGACGAACUGAGAAUCCGGCUUGCGUCGAGACUUGUUGAGCAGUUACUCUCCAUCUUGAAAGAUCCUUUGCGGGCUUCGACAGUGCCUGAAUGCCUGGACAUCAAAUUGUUGGAGAGACUGGUCGAUAUCAUGUCUUUUUGCUUGACCACACGCCCAACAGUUGCUUGCACGAAUCUGCUCAAUGUCACCUUCCAAGCCGUAUUGGACACGUGUUCCUUGAGGGUAGAUCUCUGGAGUACCUUGUGUUCUCGAGCCGAUGUCAAGUCUGUCAUAAGAAGGCUGCUUCUUGAUGACCCUCGAGGUGCUUUGAGGAAGUCAACAGCACUUGCAAUCGGAGAGAAGACAGUUCGGCCUCUGAGUCCUUCAGCUGUUCCUGAACCAGUGUUUCGUGACUACUUUUGGACUUUCUUGAUCGAGUUGAUACCAUGUGGUCUCGGGCAGCCCGCGACAUGCUCGGAGCUCUUCCAGCUUGCAGUUGCUCUGUUCAAGUCUAUGAAAGAGUCAAAAUCAGAUGUGCUUGACUUGCCUAAAACAACCCGAUUCUUGAGCCGACUGCUUUUGGAUUACAAACCCCAAGAGGAUAUCAUCCAGCCUGGUGCUGUUGACUUGGCGGCUCAAGGUCUUGUCGGCUUGCUGCACUUCAUCCUGUGUGACGUUCACGAACAAGCUGGUGUAGAAAUACUACCUCCAAGUUUCACACCUCAACUGUUCUGGCAUCAUCUUUUCCCCCGUCGCUGGUCCAGUGCCAAUUCUCUUUGGCAAGGUGAUGUGAUCUAUAACGAGGCCACCCGGUGCCAACUCAUCAAUAUCAUUCUGAGGGUGGCGGGGAGAACUCCAGAGCAGACCCGACAACUCAUAGAGGACCUCAGGUCAUUGGUCCCAUGCUCGACCAAUGAUGAGACCGAAGAUGGCUCCUCAUAUCAAUAUGAACUUCCAGCCAACAACUUCGAGAGGUCUAAGGCCGUCAGAUCACAAUGUGGCUACGCGGGUCUCCGGAACCUAUCCAAUACGUGCUACUUGAAUUCGCUUUGCACACAGUUGUUCAUGAAUUUUGACUUUCGAAAAUUCAUGCUCAGUGCUGAAGUCAGUGGCGGAGACAAGACUCAAUCUCUACUUUACCACACGCAACGCAUGUUUGGUCAACUCCAAAGCAGCCAUCGCCGCUUCAUAGAUCCUGAGGCUUUUGUGGCCAGUAUCAAGACCUACGAUGACGAUCUUAUCAACAUUCACAAUCAGAUGGACGUUGAGGAGUUUUUCAAUCUGCUCAAUGACAGGUGGGAAGGCCAAUUGCGUUCUCAGGAGGCGAUGCAACGAUUCCGAUCCUUCUACGGCGGACAACUAGUGACACAGACCAAGUCAAAAGAGUGUGAACACAUCUCGGAGGUCAUGGAACCAUUCUCUGCUAUCCAAUGCGACAUCAAAGGCAAGAAGGACUUGUUGGAGAGUCUUGAUGCAUAUGUUGAUGGGGAGCACAUGGAAGGCGACAACAAGUACAACUGCACCACUUGCGGCCGGCACGUUGAUGCUGUUAGGCGCUCAUGCCUGAAGGAAGUUCCCGACUCUUUAAUCUUCCACCUGAAGCGCUUCGAUUUCAACCUCAGGACACUGGCACGCAACAAGAUAAAUGACUACUUCGCUUUCCCAGACCGCAUUGACAUGCGACCAUUCACGAUCGAGCACCUCAGCAACCCUACUGGAGGCUCCUCGGAAGACUGGUUCGAGUUGGUUGGCGUUCUCGUCCACGCUGGCACGGCAGAGUCCGGACAUUAUUACAGCUUCAUCCGAGAGCGGCCAACAUCUCGUGCCAACCAGGACUGGUUCGAAUUCAACGAUGACGCGGUGACCCCUUGGAACCCGGUAAAGAUGGAGGCAUCCUGCUACGGUGGCACAGAAUCUUCCUGGGAUGCUGGUGGUGUUACGUACGAGAAGAACUACUGCGCCUACAUGCUCUUCUAUGAGCGCUCUUCGGCUCUGCAAAGAAAGAACCAUGAGCUACAGCAGUCGUUGUCGUCAAGCCCGCUUCAAGCUCCGAUGCCCGUGAUACUCGCAAAUUCUAUCCGAGAGGACAAUCUGCGACUUUUGCAGAGGCACUGCCUAUUCGACCCCCACCACAUUCGGCUUGUGGAUGGUGCCAUCGAGCACAUGCUUGAACUGAACGGCGGAGUUUGCUCCGAAGACCACGAGAUCGAGACCUCGGCGGUCGAAAUGGCACUUGGGCACCUCGAUCAAGUCGCUGCCAGAGCAAAAGAUGUCCCUGAUGCUCAGAGACUAUUGCAGAGGCUGAGAGAUAUGACCAAUUCAUGCGCACGUUGCGCUUUUGUUGUCUACGAAUACUUCAGCGAUCGGCAUGAGUCUUUCAGGGGUUUGGUGCAGCGGAACCUUGAGCCAGAGAUACGGCAAUCCGUGUCGGAUCUGCUCAUUAUAGCUCUCCAAUCCGUCAAGGAGGCCUUCCCAGGAAACUACAACGUUAACACGGUGUCUCCCGUCACGCUCGAUAACUUCGAGAUAAACGUUGUUUCAGGAUCAUGGUUUGAGGUUUUCUAUCUAAUGGCCCGGUUCGUCGAACUUGGCAAGGAAGAGCUUCUCGCCUUUACUGGCCACAACUUUCUGUACAAGACUUUACUUAUUAUCGUGGCCGAGAACCUGUCACACCAGGAACUAGACCAGCAGUUCGCCAGGCUGAGCAACGCCUUGGCCAGGAGACAGAAUCGCCCCCCUUCCUUUUCGACCAUCAUGGAUUUGCUGAACAGCGUCUUUGCGUCCGUCACUGUGGACGACCCCGUCAACACCCACGCUGUGCGCGAGAACAUAUAUCUCAAGAAUCCUGAAUCACCGCUGCGGCUGACCACCGUUGAAGCCUCUGUGCUGGAACAGAAGUGGGACGGGGGCUGCAGCAUAUUCCUGGACAAACUCAUCUACAUCAACCAGAAUCCGGAGGCAACAGAUGCCAUCUUUGCCAGCCUCUUGAAGCAGGGCUGGUCGUUGGAGGAUGACAUCCUGGAAACUCUGAUAGUGAACACUCAUGUUCAGCCAUCGUUCCUCGUUCAUGCGCCAUAUCUACGAGUUGCGGCGCUGUACUGCCGUCUCAGCCGUGAGCCGGCGCAUAUCGACAGGCUUAUCGAGCACAUAGCCAGGAACAGCAACAUGUUGGUGAACAGUGAGCCCAAGGCGGUGCUGGCAUUCUUCACCAACAGGGCGGUGAUUGACGGAAUUCGAGAGAAUUCCGGUGAGACAAAGAAGGCAACCAAUAUCCAGUGCCUCGAGUACCUGCCGCUUUGGGUGCCUGGUCUGCUGGCACAUUACGACCACAACAUCAGCAAUGAGGUCAAGCAGGUGAUUUAUGAGAAGGUCUUCCGACAUGGUCCUAAUCCAGACUUUGAAGAGAAACAUGGAGGCCAAGAGCGUGCUGAGGCGGUCGUGCGCAGUGCAAAGCGCAUCGGAGUCGAGUGUCUGCAUUACGUUGCCGAGAAUUACACCAAGCGUGGCACCUCAGUUCCAGCACAGACUGUUGUGGUGCUGCAGAGCAUCCUCGAGCAGUGCGGCAAUUUUUUUGAUGCCACCGACGAGGUGGCUGGUGAAGACAGCCUGAAGUUCUUCGCUGAGCGGCAAGUGAUACUGGACAGCCUUCGAAGACUAAGCGUGGAUGACCUGGAGGAUGACGGGUCUGACUGGGAGAACUCGGUGGCGUCAUCCGACCAGAUGGACAGCCUUGGGGACGAUGACAUCAGGGACGUGGACACUUAA